AUGGCGUCAGUUGGCCCCCUCCCUCGUCGGAUCGUUAAGGAAACUCAACGUCUGAUUGCGGAGCCGGUCGCAGGAAUUAGCGCGACUCCUUAUCAAGAUAACUUGCGUUAUUUCGCUGUAGCUAUCGAAGGGCCUACCGAUUCCCCGUACGAGCGCGGCGUGUUUCAGCUAGAGCUUUUCUUACCUUCGGACUACCCAAUGGCACCUCCAAAAGUGCGGUUUCUGACUAAAAUAUAUCACCCAAACGUCGACAAGUUGGGAAGAAUUUGCCUGGAUAUUCUAAAGGAUAAGUGGAGUCCGGCUUUGCAAAUUCGAACAGUUUUGUUGUCAAUUCAGGCACUGCUGUCGGCACCCAAUCCGGAUGACCCGCUUGACAACAAUGUAGCAGAAGUUUGGAAAAGUAACGAACCAGAAGCUCUUAGACGGGCUCGAGAGUUCACGGAAAGCUUCGCAAUGAAGCCGAACGCUGCUGAGACAGCAAAGGGUCCAUAG